AUGGAGAAAGCAGUGCUCUUUUUUUUUUCUUUGUUCGACCGCGUCAAAAGAUCCCCAUGGCCACAGCUAACCAACCGGAUGGAGAUGAAGAUAAGCUUUGGGUCAAUCUCGAACAAUCAGUGUCCUGAACCUCCUGCAUGCAAGCUUGAGUCUGCGGCUUUUAGUGCAUCCUAUCAUCUGCCUUUUGUCCCUUGCCUGCCGCUACAGGAUUUUAAAAAAUCUCUCAAGGGUGUAUCUCUCAAGCCUGUGCGAUGGAUUUUUAGUCAUUCCAAAUCAAUAUUUAAAAUAUAUGCGACAAUGAUGAUGAUGAUGAUGAUAAUGAUAAUGAUGAUGAUGAUGAUGAUGAUGAUGAUGAUUGAGGAAGAGAAAAUACUAUUUCUCGACCUUAACUUCGUUUUACUCAUCUUUUUCUCAGAAGCAUUUAGUUCCAAUAAGCUAGAAUCAAAUAGCUUAAAAUGGAUAUUGUCAACAAUUUACAGAAAUUAG